AUGCGGCUUCUGUUUGGGAAAACCAAGGGGACCAGAAGCCCAGGCAAUCUCAGGGACAAAUAUAACUUCAUCGUUGAGGUGGUGGAGAAGGUGGCGCCAUCUGUGGUACAUUUGGAGCUGUUCCGCAGGUCCCCUUUAAGCAAUGAGUACACUCAUGCAUCCAGCGGCUCAGGGUUCAUAGUGUCUGAGGAUGGGCUCAUUGUUACCAAUGCUCAUGUCCUCACCAACCGACAGCGGAUCAAUGUGGAACUCCAGAGUGGGGCCAAAUAUGAAGCGACGGUCAAAGAUGUUGACCAAAAAACUGACCUUGCUCUCAUCAAGAUUGAACCAGAGACUGACCUUCCCAUUUUGUUCUUGGGACGAUCAUCCAACCUGCAGGCGGGGGAGUUUGUGGUGGCUCUAGGCAGCCCCUUCUCCCUUCAGAAUACGGUGACUGCAGGAAUUGUCAGCACUACUCAACGAGGAGGCAAGGAAUUGGGUCUAAAGGAUUCCGACAUGGACUAUAUCCAGACUGAUGCCAUCAUCAAUCACGGGAAUUCUGGAGGGCCUCUAUUGAACUUGGAUGGUGAAGUCAUUGGCAUAAACACCCUGAAGGUGACAGCAGGAAUUUCCUUUGCUAUUCCCUCAGAUCGAAUUCGACAAUUCUUGGCAGAAUUUCAUCAGCGCCAGUUAAAAGGAAAAGUUCUUUCACAGAAGAAAUAUUUAGGCCUCCGGAUGUUGCCUCUUUCUAUGAGCCUUCUCCAGGAAAUGAAGAAUCAGGAUCCAGAUUUUCCUGACGUGAGUUCUGGGGUCUUCGUAUAUGAAGUGAUUCAAGGAACGCCUGCUGCAAGCUCUGGGAUGCGAAACCAUGAUGUGAUCACCAGCAUAAAUGGACAACCUGUCACUUCCAUCACAGAUGUCAUUGAAGCUGUGAAAGAGAGUGACUCCAUUUCCUUAGUGGUUCGUCGGAGAAAUGAGGAUGUGGUCCUGACGAUCAUCCCUGAAAUAAUUAAUUAAACAGAGCUCCCAUUUAGAGACAAACUUAUCUAGCAAAACUGAAUUUAUACUAUACGGUCCAUAUUGAAGAUAUGAAGUCCAAAGAUUCGGGGGUCUUCUUCUUUAGAAAAUAAAUUUUUUUGAUCGUUC